AUGGGAGAGGCUGAUCUGCUGUCCGUGCAGCUGCUGUCACAGGAGCAGAGAUUAGAGCAAGUAGGGUGUAUAUAUGGACCAGAUGAAGGCUGGGCAUCAGCCUACCCGGAAUGUAAGGAGAAAAACCAGUCACCAAUCAACAUUAUUGACCAAGACGCUAAAAUGUCCACCGAGUUUCAGGAAAUUACCCUGGAAGGCUUUGAUACAGAAUCUUCAAAUAAGACAUCAAUGAAGAACACUGGCAAAACAGUUGCCAUUAUGCUCAAAGAUGACUACUUUGUGAGGGGAGCAGGCCUACCGGGGAGAUUUAAAGCUGAGAAAGUGGAAUUUCAUUGGGGGCCAAGCAACGGAUCAGAAGGCUCUGAACAUAGCAUCAAGGGCAGACGUUACCCAGUGGAGAUGCAAAUCUACAUGUACAACUCAGAUGACUUUGACAGCCUUAGUGCAGCUCUUCGGGAGAAGAGAAUCAUCGCUGCCAUGGCAGUUUUCCUUCAGGUCAGCGGAAGAGACAACCCUGCUGUUGAUCCUAUUAUUCAUGGCUUAAAGGGUGUAGUCCAUCAUGAAAAAGAGACUCUCUUGGAGCCUUUUGUCCUAAAGGAUCUGCUGCCGUCGUCGUUGGGCAGUUACUAUCGUUACACUGGUUCCCUGACGACUCCUCCCUGUAGUAAAAUUGUGGAGUGGAUCAUUUUCAGCCGACCAAUAUACGUCUCUUUCAAACAGUUAGAGGCUUUUUACUCAAUCUUCACAACGGAGCAACAGGACCAUGUAAAAUCGGUGGAGUAUUUACGCAGCAACUUCAGACCCAUUCAGAGCCUGGACAAUCGACAUGUUUUCAAGUCAGCAGUCAAAGACGCCUGGCUGCCUGAUAUGUCUCACAGUGGAAGUGGGCCUUUUGGCACUGAGUCUUCUCGAGUGUGCAGCAGUGCGCCCGUGAACAUGAAGGUGCAGCAUGUGAAUGUAAGCGCCCUGGUGGUUCGUUGGGCACGUCCAGAGGUCAUCUACCACCCACCUAUCCUCCACUUUCUGGUAUCCUACAGCUGGACAGCUCAUGACGACAGCUUUGAGGAGACACACCUCACUGAUGCGAAACAUAAACUGGAGGCUGUCAUCUCCCAUGUCUCACCGGAUGUGCUGUACCUUUUUCGGGUCCAGGCUGUCUGCACUAAUGACAUGCGCAGUGAUUUCAGUCAGAGUAUGCUCUUCAGAGCAAACACCACUAGGAUCUUUGAGGGGACACGGAUUGUAAAAACCGGAAUGCCAACAGUUUCACCAGCCUCUUCAGCUGACAUGGCCCCUAUCUCCUCUGGUUCGUCUACCUGGACCUCUUCAGGCAUUCCGUUCUCUUUUGUCUCCAUGGCGACAGGAAUCAGCCCUUCCUCCAGUGGUAGUCAGGCAACAGUGGCAUCUGUGGUGACCAGCACUUUACUUGCCGGACUCGGCUUUAGUGGAGGAGUCAUUUCCUCUUUUCCUAGCUCAAUUUGGCCAAGCAGAGUAAGCGCACACAAUCUCACACCACAGACCAGUAAACACACCAUGCCGAGCAAGGAUGUCAGCACUCACUUAGAGCAAGAGAGCAGUGAGACUGGAAGUAAAGGCAGUGGCAAUGAAAAGGAUACAGCUGAGGAUAGAGAAAGGGAAGUAAAAGAUAAUGAGGACGAAGAGGAAAAGAACAAAAAUGAAAAGAAACCAAAGAAGCGGCCAAUAGUGUUGGUCGAGAAAGGGAAAAAGUAUGACUGUGUGAUUGGGAAUGAUCCUGCCUGUGAGAAACCUGACGCUACUGCAAAGGAGAAAGACGAGUAUACAGCAGAUCCAACUAAUAGGCCACCUGCUGUAGAAGACCAGCGGGUGGUCUUCAACCUCAGUCAAUUUGUCCGUAACUACACAGCUUUAACCACAUUCCUGGUUCUUGAGUGGUACCCAUUGACGCUUAAGCUGCGACAAGGGGAGAUCCGGGAGCAUUGGCCUGUCUCCAUCCAUACUGUGACCAACUGGACCUACCAAUUGAGAAAUAGUUCACGGCAGGACCGUGUGCACUGGAUGACUUCUUUGCUGGUGCUAUCAACACUUUUCUUCAUUUGCCUUGCUCUGCUGCUUGCCGUAUUCAUACGGUGGAGGAUGAACGCUUUUUGCUCUCUGCUCUGUAUCAAAUACAGGCGUUGUUUCCAGACUACACAUCUCUAUGUAGAGGACGGCAGUUCAACCGGGAUGUUGGCCAAUGAGACAGUGCCUGUUGCCUCCAUCCCAGAUGACAAAGUAAUUCGAGUGAACCAAUUCAUCAAGCAUGUCUCAGAACUCUCUGCAAAUAACUUGCAUGGAUACUCGCAGGAUUUUGAGGAGGUUCAGCGCUGCGCUGCAGAAAUGAAGAUCACAUCAGAAAACUCCAACCAUCCUGAAAAUAAGCAUAAGAAUAGAUACAUCAAUAUAGUGGCCUAUGACCACAGCAGAGUGAAGUUGAGAAUGUUAGUGGGAAAGGAUUACAAACACACUGACUACAUCAACGCCAACUAUGUGGAUGGUUACAAUAAGCCCAAGGCAUACAUUGCAGCCCAGGGCCCACUCAAGUCUACUUUUGAGGAUUUUUGGCGGAUGGUGUGGGAGCAGAAUACUGGCCUCAUUGUCAUGAUCACUAACUUAGUUGAAAAAGGACGAAGAAAAUGUGACCAAUACUGGCCAACAGAGAAUAGUGAAGAAUAUGGCAACCUGAUUGUGACACUGAAAAGCACCAGCGUUUAUGCCUGCUACACUGUUCGACAUUUCACACUGCGUAAAACUAAGAUGAAAAAGGGUGGAAAGGGGCAGACAAAGACACAGGCCCAGUGUGAGCGGAACGUGCUUCAAUACCAUUAUACACAGUGGCCCGACAUGGGUGUUCCUGAAUAUACUUUGCCUGUACUCACAUUUGUUCGCCGAUCAUCUGCUGCCCAAAUGCCUGAUAUGGGACCGAUCAUUGUCCAUUGCAGUGCAGGAGUGGGCCGCACAGGGACCUAUAUCGUCAUUGACAGCAUGCUGAAGCAGAUCAAGGACAAGAGCACUGUUAAUGUACUCGGCUUUCUCAAACACAUACGUACUCAACGCAACUACUUAGUCCAGACUGAGGAGCAAUAUGUAUUUAUCCAUGAUGCUUUGGUGGAAGCCAUUCUGGGCAAAGAGACUGAGGUUGCAGCCAGCCACCUUCAUCGCUACACAAAUACAAUCAUGAAACCAAGACACAAUGGUCAGACACGUGUGGAGAAACAGUUUAAGUUAAUUACACAGUGCAAUGCCAGAUUCAUGGAGUGCUUCAGUUCUCAGAAGGAGUGCAACAAAGAGAAAAACAGAAUUUCCUCAGUGGUACCAUCGGAACAAGCAAGAGUGAGCUUAGCACCUUUACCUGGAAUCAAGGGAAGUGAUUACAUUAACGCCUCAUAUAUCAUGAGUUAUUACAGAAGUAAUGAAUUCAUCAUUACCCAGCAUCCUCUACCCCAUACCACAAAAGAUUUCUGGAGAAUGAUCUGGGACCAUAAUGCGCAAAUCAUUGUCAUGCUGCCUGCCAACCAUGGACUGGCAGAAGAUGAGUUUGUAUAUUGGCCAGGUAUGGAGGAGGCCAUGAACUGCGGAGCCUUUACUGUCACCCUUAUCAGUCAGGACAAACUUUGCUUGUCCAGCGUGGAGCAGAUCAACAUCCAUGACUUCAUCCUGGAAGCUACACAGGAUGAUUAUGUAUUAGAGGUGCGUCACUUUCAGUGCCCCAAGUGGCCAAAUCUUGACAUGCCCAUCAGCAGCACCUUUGAACUUAUCGACAUCCUCAAGGAAGAGGCUGCCAUCCGUGACGGACCAACCAUCAUCCACGAUGAGUUUGGAGCAGUAUCAGCAGGUUUGCUGUGUGCCCUCACCACACUUUCUCAGCAACUGGAAAGUGAGGGGGCUGUCGAUGUUUAUCAAGUUGCCAAGAUGAUCAACCUAAUGAGGCCAGGAGUCUUCACAGACAUGGAUCAGUACCAGUUCCUGUAUGAAGCCCUCCUCAGCCUUGUCCACACCAAGGAGGGCAGCUUUGGUUCUCUGGACAUUAACCGGACCUUGGAUUCCUUGUCAGAUCAGUCGGUCAAGGCCGAAAGUCAAGAAUCACUUGUGUGA